AUGUCCAAUAGGAGAAGAAAAGAUUUCAUAGGAAAUAGACAUCUCGAUGGAGAAGAUGAUGUCGAUGCGGAUAUCAAGGACCCGAUUCUUACGAAGCCAUUACCAAAAUUACCAGUACCCCCUCUGAAUGCAACUUUGGAAAAGUAUUUACAAAUUUUGAAGCCGAUACUAUCUGUGGAACAGUAUGAGAACUCGAGGAAGAUAGUAGAAGAAUUUGGAAGGGCCGGCGGGGAAGGUGAGCGAUUACAACAAAAGCUGUUGGAAUAUGCUGAGACGAAAAGAAACUGGGUGUACGAUUGGUGGCUUGACGACAUGUAUCUUCGAAAUCCGUUACCACUACCGAUAAGUUCUAACCCUGGCAUGGUUUUCCCGAAACAACCGUUCCAUGAUCAAGCUGGACAGUUAAAGUUUGCUGCAAGGCUAAUAUCGGGUAUAUUGGACUAUAAAGUCGUAAUUGAUGCACGCGCAUUGCCGGUCGAUCGAGCGAGAUCACGAAAACCUGGUCAGCUACUAUGUAUGGAGCAAUAUUACCGUUUAUUUUCAACCUAUCGUGUACCUGGAAUAACAAAAGAUAGUCUAGUAUCACCCGGAUGUAGUUUAAUGCCUGAACCGGAACAUAUAAUAGUAAUUUGUAGAAACCAGUUCUUCGUCCUAGAUGUCAUAGUUAAUUUUAAACGUUUAAGUGAAGAGAAUUUAUUAACCCAGCUAAAGCGAAUAGUAACUAUAGCAAUGCAAGAUGAAGAAGACCCGCCACCUGUUGGUAUCCUAACAACAGACGGAAGACAUGAAUGGGCUGCAUCAAGAGCACGACUUAUGGAAGAUUCCACAAACCGAGAUUCGUUGGAUAUGAUCGAACGAUGUAUAUUUAUGGUAUGUUUAGACCAGUCGUUAGGUUUCCCAAUGACCGAUAUCGACAAACCAAUCGAUCAAGACGAUGUCCACAUGGCUCACCAGAUGCUUCACGGUGGUGGCAGUGAUAAGAAUGCAGCAAAUAGAUGGUACGACAAAACUAUGCAGUUCAUUGUUAGCGACGAUGGUGCGGCAGGUCUUGUAUACGAACAUUCGCCAUCGGAAGGUGUCGCUGUAGUACAACUUAUAGAACAUCUACUGAAAUAUCUGUAAGUAAAUUCCCGAGUGGGUUCAUUUGUAUUUGUUCAUAUAACUCAAUAAAGCUCAUGGUGGGCAAAACGGAAACUUCUCAGAGCGCAGUCGAUAUGUGAAUUACCUUAUCCGAGGAAGCUACGCUGGAAACUGCUUUCUCAACAAUUUUACGAUGAUUGCGAAAUUGCCAAACAAAAAAUUGAUUUGCUUGCAGAGGAUCUCGAUCUACAAAUAACAAGAUUUACGGAUUACGGGAAGAAUUUCCCCAAAUCACAAAAUAUGAGUCCAGAUGCUUACAUCCAACUUGCUUUACAAGUCGUAUAUUACAGAAUGCACGGCCAUCUAACACAUACAUAUGAGAGCGCCUCCCUGCGGCGUUUUCAGCAUGGAAGAGUCGACAACAUCAGGUCUGCGUCAAUGCAAGCACUUUGGUUUGCCGAGACAAUGAGUGGUAAACGUUAUGCAACGGUUCAUGAAAAGAAACAGCUAAUGAGAGCCGCUAUUGAUCAUCAAACGGAAUACAUGGUGCAGACUAUUCUAGGCUACGGCGUAGACUGUCAUCUCCUCGGUUUGAGGGAACUAGCGAAAGAACUGAAAUGGCCGACACCAGCAAUAUUCGCAGAUGUAGCCUAUAGAGACAGUAACUUGUUUCCAUUAUCUACCAGUCAAGUGUUAACAAGAUUGGAUUGUUUUAUGUGCUACGGUCCCGUGGUACCCAACGGCUAUGGGGCAGCAUAUAACCCACAUGAGGACUACAUUCUCUUUGCUAUUACUGCACUGAGAAGCAACCCAGAAACCAGCUCUCUUGUGUUUCGCGAGACCCUUAAUACGGUACUGCUCGAUAUGCAGGAAUUGCUGCUUAGUCCAUCAACUAAUGGCGAUUGUGAGUGCAAUGGACACGCUGAAAUAAAUGGCAAAGAAAAUGGAGAAUGUCACUGA